UUACAGGAUUUGGAGAUGCUGAAUAAACGAUUAUCAGAAAGACCACCGGAUGAUGGGAUAGCUGGUCUACAGGAAGAGUUGAUACUGGUUAAGAUGCGAGAAGCUGAAGCAUCGUUGUCAAUCAAGGAAAUGCGCCAAAGGCUUGCCGAAUUGGAACAACAUUGGACAAAGUAUGUGCAAAAAAGAAGCAACGAUACAUAUGGCUCCUCAAAAUCCCAGGAAAAUCCGGGGGAUUCACAUCCACAACAAUCAUCACCAUCGAAUGUUCCACAAACUGCCCGACAACGUUUAGCAAAACUUACGGCAUCGUUGAUUGGAGUUGGAAAUUCGGAUACUAACGACAAUGAUGCUGAAUACAGUAAUUGUUUGCACUUUUUAGAUGCUCUAACGUUGAGGGAACUUGAAGAUCAAUUAAUGGGUAUUCGUAUUCGUGAAGCUGAUACCGUUGCUGAGCUGAAAGAAAUGCGUCAGAAAGUGAUGGAAUUGGAAACUCAGAAUCAUGUAUGUACAAAUCAGUUGAAACGCCAAGACGAAGAACUGAAGAGAAUGAGGGAAGAACGAGAUUCUGUUAUGCAAAAAGAAAAGGAAAUGGUUGAAGUAGUGAAAGAAGAAAGGAGAAAAGCUAUGGAGGCAGAGAGUGAGUUGAAGGAACAGUCUGUCAUGCAACGGUUAAAAUACAGUGAAGCAAUGCAGCAUAUUGCAGAUUUGAAGCAAACAAUAGCACAGUUAGAGCUUAAGAAGGCUGAAAAGUGGACUCAUGCGCAACUUCGAGGUAGUUCCGUAUGUGAUAUGGAUGACGAAUCGGUUGGCGCUAUGGGUUCACGUCAUUCGGUUGCAAGCGGUGAUGCGCUGUCAAUAGGCAGUGAAGAUUUGACGGCACUAAUUGCUGAUAUGACAGUACGUGUACCAGAUAUGAAUGAGGAUGGUUCAGCCACAGAAACCGAAGAACAUCGUGUCAAAAAGUUGGGUGUUGAAGAAGACGGUAAUGACACAACGGAUAGUGGCCUUCAGAUGAGUGACGGCUUAUAG